AUGGCUGUCAUCAUGGAAUGGGCGUAUCAGUCACGCAGCGUCACUCCUGAACUUAAAAAGAAGCACAUGGAAUGGUGCCAUACGUAUGCAAUUAUGGAUAGAUUCAUGCGUAAACAUGGAAAUAUAAAGCUGAUCCAUCCUGACUAUCUACCGAAACUCGACUCACAAAUAAGGCACAGUGUACUCGUCGACAGAUUUAUGUCAUCACCUCGAUUUUCGGAGCGAGAAUCGGCUGCUAUCUCAGAUCCUUUUCGUAGGAAGAAUGCUGAAGAAGUACCAAUUUACAAAAAACAAAUCAACAUCGGAGAGAAGGAAGGUGACGCUGACGACGAGGACGACACUACGACCAGUGGGAAUGAUGACGCAAAUUUCUGGCUGAAUCAGAGGAAGUCGGGAUCUCUUAAUAAGUCUAGCGAUAGAAAGCAGUCGAAAACAGAAGUAGACUCCAAA